CGCAGCGCGGAAUAUCAGUAUGGCAGUGACUCAACACGUGUGCGGUGUAAAGUAAAUCGUUGCGUCUUUACGACUCACUAGACCCAGCCUUGAUGGAAACUAACCUAUAUUUCAUUACGAUAUAGCACAUAACGAUCUCGUAGUUAGUUAUUAGUUAUUACAAGAAUACAAUACCUGAAACUCAGUGACAAUUUAAUGGUGUUUCAGUUAAACAACUCUUAUAAACCGAAUUUUUCCUAGCUGUCAUCAAGAAAAUAUGACAGGUGACCCACAGAAACACCGUGUUGUGAUCAUCGGUGCUGGAGUCUCCGGGUUUUCUGCAGCAGCAACUCUCCUGGAGAACGAUGUCUCGGACAUUGUUGUACUGGAAGCUUCCUCCAGGAUCGGCGGCAGGAUACACACCGUAGAGUUAGGAGGAAUUACAGUAGACCUAGGAGCAGAGACCAUUAACGGAAAUGUGGACAAUGCAGUGUACGAACUGGCCAACCCUCAAGAGCUUCUCGCUUCCUUCAAACCUUUCACCCAUCCCGACAUGAACAUUUACGCCAACACGUCUGGCCACAUCUUUAACACCGCCGAAAUCAAUUCUCUGGCAAAUAAACUUUAUGCAAUGUUUAAAGCUGAAGAACUAAAAAACUGCAAUGGUUCUCUUAGUGAUUAUUUCUACCCCAGGCUGGAUGAGUUUUUCCGCUCUAACAACGUGGACACGGCGAUUGGUGAGGCUCUCCGCUAUCAUAUAGAACAACUGAAGGGGGUUUAUUACGCCGUGGAUACUCUAGACCAGCUGGGAGCCUCGGGGACCACACGAUAUCGGAUGAACGAACCCGUGUCCCUCAAGUGGAAGGUCGGGGGGUACAAGACCAUCUUCGACCUCAUAUCGAAAAGAUUCCUUAGUCCUGACGAAAUUCCAGUACAGAGCAAGAUCCUCCUGAACAAGCAGGUAACAAGGAUAGAACAGCAAGGAUCAGAGGUUCGAGUAGAGACUGCGGACGGCAGCAUCUAUCUUGCCGAUCACGUGAUUGUCACCCUGCCUUUGGGCGUGCUCAAAGACGAAGCAGCGCAGAUUUUCCACCCACCACUGCCAGAACGGAAAGCAGCCGCCAUUAAAGCACUGGGUUUCGGAGGAGUCGUGAAGGUGUUCAUGCUGUUCCCGGAGCGAUGGUGGCCAACUGAUAAGAAUAUCAUUACUCCACUAUUCUCUCAGAAGGAAUUGGAGGACUUCAAAGCUAAUUCUGUCCAUGGUCAUUGGUCAGCGAGUACAGCGGUAUUCAAGCCCGUGAUAAGCAGCAACCGCAUGCUGUGUGCUUGGAUAUCUGGACCCUCGGCACUCCAUGUGGAGACUUUGUCCAAUGAUGAAAUCGAAGAAGGACUUAUGGAGUUGUUGAAUAGACUCUUAGGGAGGACUCUUAAAGUAAUGAAACCCGAGAGGAUAUUGAGGUCUGACUGGUGCAACAACCCUUUCUUCAAGGGAACCUACAGCUACCUGUCAGCGGUCAGUGAUAGACAGAACAUCACAAAUGAUGACCUCAGACAGCCUAUCCUGGACGCCAAUGACAAGCCAGUAGUCCUGUUUGCGGGGGAGGCUACUCACCCUUGCUACCAAUCCACGGUCCACGGAGCUAUUGAAACAGGUCGAAGGGAGGCUAACACCAUCAUCGACUAUCUAAAUAAACUGUAAAUUCCAAUACACUUAAUUUUGUUACAUAAGAACAAUUUUAUCUUAAUUAAACAACUGGUUUUUCAUUUGCUUU